CUCCAAUUCAAAGCCUUCUCUGGAAUAAUUUGAUAAGCUCUGGCCACCUUUUGGUUUGCAUGAAUCAACAUGGAAAAGAAUCUUAAGAACGUGUUGGUCAUUUCUUUUGGAUUUUUACUUCUCUUCACUGCUUACGGAGGACUCCAGAGCCUACAGAGCAGUCUCCACUCAGAAGAAGGCUUGGGUGUUGCUUCCCUAAGUGUUCUCUAUGCUGCACUCAUCUUAUCGUCCAUGUUCCUCCCUCCACUCCUCAUCAAGAAGCUGGGCUGCAAGUGGACCAUUGCAGGCUCUAUGUGCUGCUACAUCGCAUUCUCCUUAGGGAACUUCUAUGCUAGCUGGUAUACAUUAAUCCCCACCUCUGUGAUCCUGGGCUUAGGAGGAGCUCCACUCUGGUCUGCCAAAUGCACGUACCUCACCAUUGCUGGCAAUUCCUAUGCUGAGAAAGCAGGAAAAAAUGGAAAAGACAUUAUUAACCAAUACUUUGGGGUCUUCUUUCUGAUAUUUCAGUCCUCUGGCAUCUGGGGAAAUCUUAUCUCGUCUUUGAUAUUUAGUCAAGCUUCCACCACAGUGGAAGUCUCAGAAGAAAACCUAGCAUGCUGCGGAGCAUAUGACUGCAUGACUGAUACCACUAACAGCACUGGGUCAGCAGAACCCUCCAACUCCUUAAUCUAUACUCUGCUAGGGAUUUACACUGCUAGUGGUGUGCUAGCUGUGUUGCUGAUUGUUAUAUUUCUGGACCAGAUCAAAUCUGACCAAGCAGAAACAGAGAAAGAAAUACUAGAGACACCAUCCAUUUGGUCUACGUUCCUAGCAACUUUCCAGCACCUUAAAGACAAAAGGCAGUGUCUUCUAAUCCCUCUGACAAUGUACAGUGGGCUUGAACAGGGAUUUCUCUCUGGUGACUACACAAAGACGUAUGUGACCUGUGCCCUGGGGAUACGUUACGUCGGUUAUACGAUGAUCUGCUUUUCAGCAGUAAAUUCCCUCUGCUCUGCGCUCUUUGGAAAGAUCUCUCAGUUCACUGGUAGAAAACUUCUAUUUUCAUUAGCCGCGGUUACCAACACCGCCUGUAUAAUAGCGCUGCUGCUGUGGAAACCUCACCCUAAGCAGCUUGCCGUAUUUUUCAUAUUCCCUGCUCUUUGGGGCCUAUCUGAUGCCAUUUGGCAGACACAAACUAAUGGACUCUAUGGCAUUUUAUUUGAGAAACACAAAGAGGCUGCCUUUGCAAAUUACCGUCUUUGGGAAUCACUUGGAUUUGUCAUCGCCUUUGGUUAUAGCACCAAAUUGCAAGUCUACAUUAAACUGUACAUUUUGUUGUCUGUGCUUGUGUUGUCAAUGGUGACAUAUGGAGCAGUUGAAUACCUCAAAGCCAAGAGCUCCCCUGGGACACCUCCUGCUACAAAGAAGGAAAAUGUAGGACCACUCACCCAGGAAACACACAUGUAAUCCAACAGAGUCAGAAUGAU